AUGUUGCUGGUGUUACGCGCAGCGGAAUGCCCCCGGGAGUUCCCUACGCUCAACGACACGGAUGCCUCGGGCGGCUUCAACGCCAUACCCUUUCGGAUCCACCAGAUGUACCGGGAUGUGAACAUCCCGAGUGUGUAUCGGCCAUUCGUGAAAUCUUGGAUGAAGAACCAUCCAAAGUGGGAGUACUGGUUUUGGACGGAUGAGAGUAUCCGCGACCUUCUUCAAGAUCAUUAUCCCCAGUUUCUCGACAUGUAUGAUGGCUACUCAAACAACCUGUUGCGUUCGGACGCGGCGCGGUAUUUUAUCCUAUAUCACUUCGGGGGCGUGUACGCCGACAUGGACAUGGAAAGCUUUCGGCCCGUGGAGCCAAUUCUGACCAAGCAUAGCUGUUUUUUCAGCCGGGAGCCGACAGUCCAGAGCACCCUUCUUUACGACAUGACAAGCGUCACCAUGAACGCGUGGAUGGCUUGUUCGAAGCGGCACAAAUUCAUGAAAUACGUCAUAAACAGUUUACCACAAUAUGACAAACACAUCAAAACUAUUUUCGAAACCAUCUACAUCACAGGUCCGCAAAUGUUGCACAAGACCCUACUCAGCUACAACACAACUCAGAACUGUACCAAGGAAGAAUCGAACUGCGCGGUCUACGUAGCACCGUAUGAAAUGUUUAUGCCCGCCUGGGACGACGGACAAAAAGGACACUUCCACGAAAUGUGUUCCAUUAACCUUCAAAAUCUUUCCCUUCAGCAACUAUUAGCCUGUGUCUGGUUACGAAAGACUAACUUCUCUAACACUAUACCUACGAAUAUUCCGUACAUUUACGCAAACCAUAAAUUCCUUCAUAUAGGGUAUGAAAAUGGCCACUACAAAAACAAGAAAAAGCCCGUUCACAUCAGCAAGCUGGUGUCUAAUGCCAUACGUUAUGUCCGAAGACCAGCCAACUCUACCGAAGAGUACAGGAUUUACUGGUGA